GCCUAAUCGUCAUAAAAUUAUAAUAGAGCAGGUUAUUUGUUAUUUAUUUAUAGUAAACGGCGAGAAUACUUCCGAAGGUUCGUCGUGUCGUGUUCAAUCUUCCCCUCCCCUCUCUGCACGAGAUCAGGCAAAUUGAACAAAGCCAGCUUGAUCGUAACUCGUAAGCUCUCCCUCCGUUUCCUGGUUUCUCUCGAAGGAAGAAAAGCUUCUUGGGGUCGGUGGUUCUUCGCUGUCACAAGGAAUCUUAUUAGGCAGAAGGGACAGUAUAACAUGGCUCUGAAUCCGCAGCUUCUCCCGAACGGAUUGCCCGUUCCAUUCGUGAACGAGAUGUUUGUGUUGGCUAGAGAUGGCGUUGAGUUCGAAGUCGACAAGAUUCCCGGGUCUGUCCUCUUUCUCCUGAAUCUGUUUUCUUUUCUUCCCCCCCUGAUGAUCCAUGUUCGGUAUUGAACUGAGCUGAUGGGUUUCUCUCCAAUUUCCGCUUCUAGGAUCAGCCCGUAAUUUGGAAGUAAUCAGGUCAAAGCUAGAGGAACUAUAUACUUGUCGAACGUACGUAUGGUUUUUGUUGCAAAUAAUCCCACUGGAAGCUUGGCUGCUUUUGAUAUGCCCCUGCUUUAUGUCCAUGGUGAGAAAUUUAACCAACCUGUAUUUCACUGCAACAACAUUUCUGGUCAGGUGGAACCGGUUGUCCCAGAGAACGAGAACAGAGCUCUCUACUCAACUCACAAUUUCAAGAUCUUGUUCAAAGAAGGUGGAUGUGGAACCUUCAUCCCACUGUUCUUCAACUUGAUAGCAUCAGUUAGGCAGUUCAAUCAGCAGCAGCAAAAUUAUGCAAGAAGCCCUGUUGUGGACCCGUUGCAGGCAGCCGAGACUCCAGCAGUUGAUGAAAUGAUUAGACAUGCGUAUGUUGAUCCCAAUGAUCCAACAAAGAUCUUCCUGCAGCAGCCAGCUCCAGGAACUGGACCAAGACGUCGUACAUAUCGGGCAUCCGCACCAGAUGCCAUAUGAAGAUCCUGCUCAUUGCAUCAAAUUGGAGUGGAACGAUGAUUAAUCGCCUUGCUCUUGUGUGGGAGUCCUAUGAUAUCAAACAGGGAAAGUCGACUUGUAUAGGCGCAGCGCAUGGUAAUAAAAGUAAAAAUGACCCGACUGAUGUAAAUGAUGUUUCUUGAAUAGUUUGUUUACCAUCCUUUGUUUUACGAGUUAACAGACAUUACUAGGGUGCCCCACUCUGCAUUGGUAGAUGUUAGAUUGUGGUACCCGUAUUGUUGGUUGGAUUGGAUUACAAAAAUCGUUCAUUUGUUAUCCGGUUCGCCUGUGCGAUACACAUAUACAGAAUGUUAUGUAUCAGGCAGUUGAAUGCAAUCAG